UCUCUUUACCUUCCCCACCAACUGUGGUCCUGGGCGAAGUCCUGACGCGUUGGUGUGUUCCCGCUUGUGAUGGAGGACGGACUUUGAUAGCCGAGAGGUCCCGACAUCGGCCGAGUCGUCGAAUGUGACGCCAGCCCGCGAAACGAAUAGACAGCUGCGUACGAGCGGGCUUGCUGAGCAGCAAGCGAACAAGUAAAGGAACCAAGUUUUGUUGUCCGCGAUCGGACAAAGACUACUGUGACUGAGUGUGUUCGCACAGUGAAUACGCACGUUAUCAUCAUUAUCACCGCAACUCAGCAGCCCGCCAAACCAAAGAUCGUACAAAUCAACCGCCUUCUAACAAGCCACAUUAACCUCAAGUGAUUUCUAUUUUCUUACGAAGCGCGAAAGAAGUAAUUAGUAUGUUUAUAUCGACGUGAAGGAAGAACAAAACAAAAAAAGAAGAUAUCCCAAGAGCUUAGGUUCAGAGGAAGAUAAAAGAUUAGAAGCUAUAUUAUCUAAUAAGUGUACAAAGUAUAUCUCUAACGAAGGGAGAGAAAUACAUAACAACAGAUUAAAACAAACACAAGUCCGCCAGUGCCAAAUCCAGUAGAGAUCGAGGUAAAAGUGAUUGUUGCAAAACGGAGAUCUAGAGAGGAAGACCGAGAGUGAGUGAGAAACAGAGAGAGAGAAAGAGAGAGAAAGAGAGAGAGAGAGAGAGAGAGAGAGAGAGAGAGAGAGAGAGAGAGGAUAGAGAGAGGGAAAGAAAGAGAGAGAGCGAGUGAGAAAGAGUGAGAACCAGAGAAUAACUGCAGUGCGAGAGCAGACCGUAAACCAAAGAAUCUACCAUUUCUUCUGUUAACUAUUCAUCGAAUAACAAUUAAUCUCUCGUCAAGCGAGAUAAAUAGUAAGACACACACCGAUUCCUUCGUCAGAGCCGCUUUUAAUUAAGCGAGCCGGCACAGUUUUGUAAGCUAUAGAGAGGUUUAUAGAGAUAGCCGUAAAACAUAAGUGCAUCUUUCAAACUGGACGCGUCACGUGACAGAUUUUCGCCAAGCUAGGAGAAGGAGAGCCAGACAAAGGGAGGAGAGUCAACCGGAUUUUGCUUGGACACUCCCGGAGCAACCGAUCUACUUCAGUUCGUAGCCUAAACCUGUUGAGUACAAAACGACACAGAGCUAGAGAUAUAGAUAGACAGACACACACACAAACACAGAGAGAGAGAGAGAGAGAGAGAGAGAGAGAGAGAGAGAGAGAGAGAGAGAGAGAGAGGGAGAGAGAGAGAGAAAGAGAGAGAGGGAGAGAGAGAGAGGGGGGAGAGUUAGAAAUCGAGUGCGAGAGGAGAGUGAGAAAUCAAGUGCGAGAGGAAGAACGAGAGGAAGAGAGCGAGCGAACAUAAGAUCGAGGAAGCAGCCUUGUGCGUGAGGACAUCUUUUACGAACUUGGAAGACUACGUACUAGCGGAGGAGACGUGCACGAGCAGCGAUCGACAGCACACAUAUAGCCGAGGCCGGAGGAAAUCCAGGUCUCGCAACCGCGGCGAGUUUAGGACGCCGGAAACAUGUUGGUGCACGGACGACGCAGUGGCCGUACCGAAAGAGCCGUAUCCUACAAGUAUUGUUUCAUGGACUAACGGGAAUCUCAGCGAACAGUCACAGAAGAGACCGAAAGAACAAAGUGCGCGCAAAUGUGGCGCAAUCAAUAAACAAUAUUCACGAUCUGGAUCGAUCGAACGAAGCAGCAGCCGACGUGGAAGCGAAAGGAUUAGGAAGAUUAGGAGAAUCCGCAGCGAAAGGAUCCUCGAGAGGGUCCCGGAGGAAGUCUCGGCGGACCGCUACCAACGCUGACGACGACGACGACACGUAGCUCACGGGGAGCUCACGGGCGGAGGUUAAAAUCGCGAUGUCGUGGCGGGGAGGAUGAGCGCCGAGGUGACGAAGGAGGUCGUCGCCACCGAGAGGGUGCCCACGAGCCCUCCGGCGGCGGUCGCGACCUCACCGGGUGCAGUGCCGUCAAGUCUGCCGCCGUUCAGCGUCAGCUUCAACGCCGACAACGCGAUGGACAGCUCGACGACACUCACGACGCUGCACCCACAGGACGUCGGCCUGGGCCUGGCGUCCUGGGGCGAAUAUUACGCGGAGGGCCUGACGAGUCGGCUGGUCGACUCCCGUGAGAUCUCGAACCAGCAAUACCGGCCGUGGGAGUCCAAGGCGGGCGGCCCGGAGGGCUUGCCGAGCUUCAACAGUCAAUUCACUGCUCCCAGCGAGUCUGAGCCGCAGUUGACUGCGUUGACGCCGUUGUCGCCGGUGUCUAUGUCGCAUUCGCCGCCGGUCACGUCGGCCGUGGGCCUACCUAGCUUCCACACCUUGGGCACACCACUACCGGUGCCGCACACACAUCGCGGAUCGCUCGGUUAUCCGCUGGUACCAGCACCGGUGCAAGCGCGGGAGGUACCGGCACUUCAGCAGCAGCUACUCGACGAACGUCACAUACAGCUGCUGGGUUCCAGCCCGGUGCAAGCGUUUCCAGGUCCGCCGCCGGGUCAUCCUCACCACACGGUGCUGACGGUGGUGAAGCCUGAGUAUCCGCAGCUGCACCAUGCAAACUUCCAGAAUCCGAUGUCGACCGUGCUGGACUCGUCGCCGACCUCGAGACCGAUCGGCAUUGACGGCCGCAAGAAGGAGCGCAGAAAAAUCCGUGCGGGUUCCAUGGAGUCGGAGGACGGCGGAGGCGGCGGCGGAGGUGGUGCCGGUGGAGGCGCCGGUGCCGGCAACGUGGAGAGUUCCGGCCAGGUAGCCGCGGUGUCUUCCACCGCGAAUCGCGGCGUCCACCAUCUCGGCGGCGGCCUGACCGACGGCGACGGCGACGGCAGCCUCGGCGACAAGCCGGCCAAGAAGAAACGGAAGAGAUGCGGCGAAUGCAUCGGCUGCCAGCGCAAGGAGAAUUGCGGGGAUUGCGCGCCGUGCCGGAACGACAAGAGUCAUCAGAUUUGUAAGAUGAGGCGGUGCGAGAAGCUCACCGAGAAGAAGCACCUGUACCACAUGCAGACCGGCGAGGGGGCGUUCCGGGAGCGCGGCAGAGGACGAGGCAAGGGUGCCACGAGGAGUUACCGAAAGAUCGCACGGCAAGUCAGCACGCCUGACAGCGCACCAGCUGGUCUUGGCAGUCCACAGGCUGGUAUCGGUGGCCUGCAGCAACAACACCAGCAACAAACGCAACAAUCUCUACAUCAGCCCGAUCCCAUGCAGCAAACCAAGGACAAUCUCAACUCGGCGGCGAACCAACAGACGGGCGCCUUGAGAAACGGAAAUCCACCACCACCUGUCGUCUCUAUGUCAACCGGCGUGAUGCCAUUCUACGGGGACUCCGGCGCCGGUUUCCGGCCAGCAGCUGGUUUCGGUAAUACUGUUUGGCAUCAAGGAGUCGGACCAGUCGGCGCGGUCGCUGUCGAGACGUCACCGGCACCUUGGCCGCCUCAGCAGUUUAUUCAGCAGAUUCCCGCACCGAAUCAGCUCGAUGAGCUGAGGUAUCAUACUCAGUACAGCGCCGCGGCGCCGUAUCAUCCUCAGACAGUCCCGUAUCAGCAACAGACAUUCAUAACGGCGGACCAGUCCGCAUUUCAACGAGCCGGCACGACGGGACAGUACACCAUUACGGGACAGCCCUCGCCGCUGGCGUCUGUCGGUGGGCAGACGGUCCCGACGCCUCAAAGGCAAAUGAACGGACAAUUCGUAGACCCUGCGACCAGCGCUAAUCAACCAGUUGCUUACGAGAGGCAGGACUAUGUGAACGGCUACCAACAGCAAGACGUGACAGGCAUGGCGCCGCCUCCGUCGACGACGCCGACGAGUCGCAGUAGCUCGGUGCACAUGGACAGUCAACAGCAGCAGCAACCGGGCGGCCCGCAACAGACAUCGCAGCAACAGCAACAGCAGCAACAACAAGCUACUGCGGAUACGCAAGUGAAGGGCUUCGCCGCGAUCGCAGCCGCGAACGUGUCGGGAAACGAGAUGCCUGGGUAUCCACUUCAACAGGACCCACAGAGUUUACACAACUCUAACGGAUAUCCAGGCUACGUUGAAAUGGGUCAGCAAUCAGCGCAAAGCCAAUGGCAAAUAGUGUCGCAACAACAGCAGCAACAUCAUCAACAGACGCAAAUGCAACGACAGCAAUCAACGGUGGUCGACAAUAAUCAACGGCACAUAUGGCCGGACGCGAGCGGAAAGAUGAGCAAUAACGUCAACAGCAACAUGAAUUGGCAAGAAGGAGGAAUGCAACAGCAACAGAAACCUUCGCAGCAACAACAAAACAUGCAGAGUGGUAUGAAGCAGCAAGUCGAGCAGCAACAAGCUACGCAGCUGCAACAGCAGGAACUACCGAGACCGGCGAGUCAUAUGAGCUGGGAGACCGGAAGCGUGAAGGAACCUCAAACGCCGCAGUCGUGGUCCGAGAACGCCGACAGUCAGCAGCAACAAACUCAGGGAAACUGGUCGCGACAAAGCCCGAAACUGAGGGAUCCGCAGAACUCGUGCUUGACGCCGUCCGGUCAGCAACAGCCGUCUCAACAUCAGACCUGGCUGCAGCACUCGCCGAAACUGUCGGAUCAGCAUCAGCACAACAGCGGUGCUCAACAGAAUCCAAGAAUGACGCCUUCUGCCCAACGUAGUUGGCAGCAGAACAGUCCAGAAAUACAGGGAUCUCAACAGAAUCCCAGGCUGACGCCUUCCGGGCAACAAAUGCAGCAACAGCAACAACAGUGGCCGCAGCAGACCAAGGUGGAGCAGAACCCCAGACUCACACCGUCCAAUCAAAUGUCAUGGCCCGACACGCCGACUAGUCAACCGAAUUGGUCACCGAAUAGCAUAAAGAGUGAUAAUAGUCAACAGCCGCAGCAACAGUGGCAAGAUUCACAGCCCAGUCCUAGACGGACUCCGGGCCAUCAGUGGCAGAGCCAACUGACGCAAGAUAACAAGCUGGACAAUCGAGUGGCCUGGUCGCCGAAUUCAGUGUCGGAGAGCCAAUCGGCUUGGGGACAGCAGGCGACGAAACAGGACAUGCAAAACUCAGGGGAGAGAAUCGCGUGGCAGCAACAGUCCGCGGUAGAGACUAACAAGCCGAAUGGUUUUCCAGAAAGCCAAGAUAAUAUUUCGGAGAAUAAUAUGUAUGCUCAAGCGAAUCGAGUGAAUCUCAAUAGUCGAUUAAAAUCGAUGAUUCUGAACAAACAACAGCAGCAACAGCAACAGCAACAACAACAAAUGCAACAACAACAGCAACAACAAACCCAUCAAGAUCAACAUCGCAAUAUACAUCACCAGAUGCAGGCGCAACACGUCGGUAGUAAUAACGGAGGCACCGCUGUGGAGUAUCCAACGGACGAUCGAAUGCGCGAUGCGCACGACAGCAACGAGAAGAUGCAGGAGAAGCGCACGGAUCACUUCAUCAAUCAGUCGAACAUCAUCUCGAUGGCGCAAUCCAACGAAAACAUGACCGGUAAUUUUUUAUCGCAUAGCCACCACCCUCGGGUAGAUAAUUUGCCCGACGGUGGUGGCUUAUGGGGAUGGACAGGAGGAGAACACAAUCACAGUAACAGGAACGACGGUAGCGUGCUACCAGAACAUAGCAUGACAACCCUCGAGAACUUUAUGAAGUUUGCUACGGAGAGCAAGAGCGAUGUCGACCGAUGCUGCGACAAGGAUAAAGAUCAGCUGUCCUGGCAAACGCAAGAGAAGAAGAGCCACGAAGAUCAAAGCAUCGACGACAAAUCCUUCCAACAACGGCUGUGCAUGGAUCAAAUCGAGGAAGUGUCUUUCGGGGAAUCCCAAAAGACGUCCGAAAGCGACGAAGCAAAGAGCGACAGUUUGGACUUCCUGAAAACUACAGAUACCGUAGUCGGUACGUCUUCCCAGGACAUCGAUAAGUGUGGCGACUCCGUUCGUGCGAUCAAACAAGAGAGCAUCACCGUGGACUACAACAACGACGUGUCCACACGUGACAUAGCCAACAAUGUCAUAGCCGAAAACGAAGAAGGGAGUCAAAAGAUCGUGCCGGACUACAAGUUCCGCGGCGACGGCGGUCCCGCGAAGGUGUCGCCGGGAACCGGCUCGUGGUGCUGCCGAAGAGGCGGCACCGAACAGCCGACUCCCGAACACCUGAGGGACGGUUGUUGCCAGGGUCUCCAGACCAAGGACGAAAUGCUGGCCGAUUCCCCGCAGAGAGACGAGUUAAAGAGCGAGGGUGGCCCGCACAGUCCACGCACUCCGUCGACAGCGUCGACAACGACCACAAAAUUACAAGACCACUUGGACAAGUUGAAGAACAAUGUGAGGACCGAAGUGCCAGACUGCAACUGCUUCCCCGCCGACAAAUGUCCACCUGAGCCCGGCUCAUACUACACUCAUCUCGGGGCGGCUGCGAGUCUGCCCGAUCUAAGGAACGACCUCGAACGAAGAACUGGUCUCAAAGGCGAUGCGAUAAGAUUCGAAAAGGUCAUCUAUACCGGCAAAGAAGGCAAGACCACACAAGGGUGUCCAAUGGCCAAGUGGAUCAUCCGGCGAUCCGGCAUCGACGAGAAAAUCUUGACCAUCGUAAAGCACCGUCAGGGUCACAAAUGCCCAACUGCUUGGAUCGUCGUGGCUAUGGUCGCCUGGGAAGGAGUACCAACACACGAGGCCGAUCGGAUUUAUUCUCUUUUAAGUCACAAGCUCAAUCGAUUCGGUCUUCCUACGACUAGACGAUGUGGCACUAACGAGCCGCGUACCUGUGCAUGCCAAGGACUUGAUCCGGAUACUUGCGGCGCCAGUUUCUCCUUCGGUUGCUCCUGGUCGAUGUAUUAUAACGGAUGUAAAUAUGCCAGAAGCAAGACCGUGCGAAAGUUUCGACUGUCAGUACGAUCGGAGGAACAAGAAGUCGAGGAACGAAUGCACGUUUUGGCAACGCUCUUGUCACCUCUGUAUCUCAGUCUCGUGCCGGAAGCGUUCAAUAAUCAGACUCAAUUCGAGCGGGAGGCGAGCGAAUGCCGUUUGGGUUUCAAGCCGGGUCGACCGUUUUCCGGUGUCACCGCCUGUAUUGAUUUUUGCGCGCACGCUCAUCGGGAUCUACACAAUAUGAAUAACGGAUGUACCGUGGUAGUUAGUCUGACAAAACAUCGAUCAUUAUCGAAACCUGAAGACGAACAGUUGCACGUGUUACCUCUUUACAUAAUGGACGACACAGACGAAUUUGGUUCGAAAGAAGGGCAAGAGAAGAAGGUUCACUCCGGUGCCGUCGAAAUUUUAUCCAAAUAUCCAUGCGAAGUUCGAGUUCGAUCAGUUCCGCUUCAACCUUGUAGACGUCAUGGCAAGAAAAGAAAAGAAGACGAGCCCGAUACCAUGAGCGGCAAAAAGGAUGCGAUGAAGAUCGUGUCCGACAAGAUGGUGGACGCCGGUCGCUCGCCAGGACACGUGGAUUCUUCUAGAUCGCAGAUAAGGGACUCUCAGUUGUCACUGGAGAUGACACCCAUGUUUGAAGGCAUUGACGCGCAAUUGCAGAGCUCUCAGGUGUCAUCUACAGUCCUAGAUAGUCCGGUAUCUAUGUAUCAAGGAUGGGGAUAUCAAGGUGAGCAACAGUGGAACCGGAAUGGUUGGCUUGAACAGCGAAAGAGCAACUGGCUGAACCCGUGGGGAGAGUAUCCACCUUUCGGUAGUUUAGAGAGAGACGUCAAAGUAGAUCCUGACAGCACCAGUUUGGAUGACAUUAGACCUAGAAGCACCGUUUCCCAGGAGGAACAUAGACCAGUUUCGCGAAAUUUACCCAACUCCACGGUUGAUUCAGUCAGAGUGUGCUACGGGAAUUCACCAAGAGCUCACCCGAUCUCACCUCGUUCGCAUUCGACCUUAUCGGGAGAAGCAUCCUACGGCGGCGUGUCGUCCAGAGGCUGCUUGUCGACGCUUCAGGAGCCAAAGAUGAUCUCAUCCAAGGGACCGGAACAUCCGAACGCGGAAAUCGGCUAUAAUCAUCAUAUAGCGCCUGGAUCUUAUUCCAUUCAUGAUAACCGGCAAAACAAUUGUUCCCCAAGAGUCGUCAAUUCGUCGCUGAGCAUGGAGGCCGCGCAUCGAAAUACUCCAUCCAGGAUGAAUUCAUCGCCAGUCGCCGCUACUCAUCACAUUCGCAAUGCCGGCCAGGAUUACAUGGCGAAUCAGUUGAGGCUGCCGUCGCAGAGAUAUAUGGGAGAUUCUAGUCAGCAAAGGUACUCGAACAACAUGACGCAAAAUUACAUGGACGCCGAGAACUCGACGAAAUUGGCAUUGCUGAGGCCGCAGAUCGAGCAAACGUUCGCCAACAGAACAUCGCAGCAUUCGUAUCCACCGCAACAGAUGCAGUCGUCACCCAUUAAUCCCGUGUAUCAAAAUCAAUACAGCGACGGUAACACGGCGAAUCUGUUUUCUUGCAUGGACAACAAUCCCAAUCACAAGUCAUUGGAGACUGCAAACUCGGACGUUUUGGUGCACAGUUCGUUGCAUUUGCCGGCAUUCGAGCAACGGAACGACACGCAAUGCUCGCUGCUAUCGAACGAGCAGCGAAAGUCCGCUCAUCAUCAUCACGUGCAAAGACAAUCGGAAACGAAGCCCUUCGUGGUUAAUCAUCCUCCAUCCCCGUCUUCCGAUCAAGUUCCACGAAAUUGGAACACGAUGAACUCGUGGUGUUCAUCUAAUCAGAUGAAAAAUUCACAGCGAAUCAACGAUCAGCAGAUGAUCGAUAAGAAGAUCUGGCCCGGUAAAUUAGCGAGAUCGGACCAAAGCAAAUCCUGGGAAACACCGUCCGAACCGUCCCCAUUCCGAGUGCCAAGAGGAAGGCCGCCCUCGCGAACGAUAUCUAAUCAGAAUACGCCCACAGAAUCCAAUACGUAUCCAAAUCCUCUAGCCAGAACGUUUUUAAAGCCAGCCGAACCCACAAAACCUGCUAUAUACGCAGAUGCAUUGAGCAGCGGUGCCGUACAAAAUGGUUGUAUGCCCAAUCAAUUGAAGAGCAACUGCACAGAGGACAAAUUACGAGAAGGAUUCUACGACGGCAGACAAGAGAUGUCCAAUUCCAACCCGAAUUCUCUUGCGUGGGCGGAGGAAAUGAAACAAGUGCAAGACUUCCACGCGAUGUCCGGCCUGGGCCACCAUGCGUUCCCCCAGUAUGGCUAUCCGACUUAUCCAGUAUUCGAGAAGCCUUACGCGAACUCGUGGGAGAGCUACAAUUACGGCCAUCCUCAGUCGUAUCAAACACCGGAGUACCCGCAACAAUUCUACCAGCAGCCGAAGCGCGAGAGUUGCUUCCACUCGCCUCAGUAUCCGUACCAAGGUCUGAAUCCCACCGGCUGGACCAGGUGGGAUACACCCCGAUGGGACAUUUACGGGCCGCCACCGCCGUACUUCCCGGUGCUGCCGGAGCCUCCGCCAAAGGCAGAACCGCUCGGCGAGGUGGCCGACUAUUCUGACAACGAAGAAUGCUUCAAGGAUCCACAAAUGGGCGGUGUCGCGAUCGCUCUGGGCCAUGGUAGUGUACUGUUCGAGUGCGCCAAGCACGAAAUGCACGCUACUACGGCCCUGAGGAAGCCUAAUCGCCUGAAUCCAACCAGGAUCAGUCUGGUGUUCUACCAGCAUCGCAAUCUAAAUAGGCCCAGGCACGGCUGGGACGAGUGGGAAGAGAAGAUGCGGCUGCGAAAAUUGGGCGUGACUACGUCGACCAGUAGCAGCGGUAGCAACAACAACAACGCGUCCUCUUCGUCGACGUCCAACCCAUCGACUCCGACCAUAGCGACGAGUCCAGGCAGCACCACGAACGACAAGACGCCGCCGCUUCCGUCGUUACCGCACAUUCCGAACGUUCCCAACUCGCAGUUCAUGAUGAGAUCACCCACCUACACCACGAUGACCUGGACAACGCUCUUCCGAAUGCACCCCUGCAUCAUAACCGGCCCGUACCAAGAAGGCGGUGCGAUCGGAUGAGUCGAGGUCGCGAGAUAUGGUUUUGAGCGUCGAUGACCGCCGGAGCUAGUGACUAUCACCGAGAGGCACCGUCAUCAUCACUAAGAGGAUCCCAGGUGACGCGAGGUUCCACAAGAGGAUCGCGAUGUCCUCCGAUGGAUCCUCGCUGCACGAACGAGGCGGCGUCAUUAAACCACGAGAGGCUUUAUAUCGUUAUUAUCGUUAUAGUUAGUUACUCCGAAGAAAAAACAACAAACACACACUUUACACUGCCAUUUUUUCUAUUUCGAGUUUUACGCAGGAUUUUGAAACAUAAUGACGAAAAACGUGCUCGACGAAAAGCCACGCCAGGAUAUGUGAUCCAAUCACACACCGUCUGUCGGGGCUCGCGUUUUAUAUUGACUUUUUACUAAGCUGAACUCGAGAUAUAAGCUCUCGCGAUCGAAGCGGGUAGACUAUGAAAAGAUCGAGACGAGAUGAACAAUGAUAAAUGACCGAGGCUAUUGACGUAUCAGGAAAGAAAAAAUAAAAAAUGAAAGAAAAAGAACGAAAGCGCCGAUGACCGGCUGCCCCUUGCGAAGACUUUGAUACGAUAGAUUUUCGUAUUCUGACUCUGUACACUUUAAGUAAUAUCGCAUAAUGCAUAACGGUUUCGUGUUGGUAGAAUUGUAAUCUUAUUAGCUAGUCGAGAAGUCUAGAUGAUGAAUCACGCGACACAUCACACGUACACACAGAGCACACAUUAAACGUACAUGCACACUCCGAGACAUCCAAGGAACCUGCACGAUAUAUAUGAUCUCGAAAUUAUCGCACAUUCUACAAGAAUGUGAUGGGAGAGAGGAGAAAAGAGAGGUAAGGAGAGAAGAAUAUGAAGUAGCAUAACGCGUUACAAAAGAAUCGUAAAAUUCGUUAAAAUCGAUGAAAGGAUAGAUUAUUUUGAUCUAACAUAUGUGUUAUAUGUAUAUGUAUAAUAAUGAUAAAUUAUACGUAUACAUACAUAUACACGUAUAUAUUAAAGGGAAAGCGUUAAUGUACUGUUAAACAACUGAAGACAAGAGAAAGCUUGUAAGAGCCGAUGAAAGAUGUAAAUUGUAAAUGUUCUCAAAUGUUGUGACUAUGUUUAUUAGCACUAACAACCGCGAUUUCCCGAGUUUCUUCGAUGUCUCUCGGGGUGCCCAAGAGGGAGAGAAAGCGCGAUAAUUCCGGGAGUAUUCUUGUUUUCGUAUUCGUUAGACGAGCGAGAAUUCUUCGCAACGGUCCAAGCACAAUCCUAAAACUCCGAACGACGAUAUAUACACACACGAUAUUGAUCUCAAGUCUUUAAAUUAAUUAAUCGAUAUGUAACGUAUAUGAUUUCUAGCCUUUGUACAUUUCGCUUCUUAUUCUCGUAUUUAUUUACUCGUGUUUGUAACCGUAGCUAAGUACUAAGUACGAAUUAAUUCAAGUGGCACGCCAAGUGUAAUAACUAACUAACCAUGCGUCCUUCGGGUCGGCUGAGUACAAAGCAUUUAUCUAACAAUAUCACGUGACGCGUAGGUAGUAGGGGUGUAAUCUAUCUUUGGUCGAGACAAUGUAACACUGGUACGCCAGGUGUCUUCAUAAUCAUCAUCAUUAUUAUCAUCAGCAUUAUCAUCAUUACCAUUACCAUAAUCAUCAUCAUCAAUUUGACGUUCUUCCCUGUUGCUUUCUUUUCAUCUGAUUUUUAGCUCUUUCCACUUUCCGGGAACCAGCAAUCACAGAGUGUUAAUUAGGUAGCUUGUCGUUUGCGAUGACAGAAAUUCGGCGAAACACGACAGAGAAAGAGAGAGAAAUUCGUAAUCGACGCGUGCAAAUGCUUCGAUAGGAGCACGCACCAAGUCGAUGGUCGUGAGUACCAAUCUUCGUAGGGUUCAAAGGGUUAAUUACUUUCCAAUUAUAGGCGAUGACAUUUGAAUCUGACGUCUCAUCGUGAGAUGAGAGCGAGAGAGGCGGGAAUGAGAAUGAUUGAAAACCGUGCGAUCGCUUUGAUACGACACAACAGAAGACAGAAAGAGGGGAGAGAGAGAGAUUCUCUGAGAAUCGACGCGUCAUUAUUGAAUCAGCAGAAACGAAAAGAUUUGAUAGUAUCCGUGAGUUGUAUCAUUAUACUUUCUCUAUAUUUUAUUCUUAUUUGUUGAAUGUCAUUUUUUUAAUCCGAGUUUGUGCGUCGUUCUUUUCGAGAUGAUGGUUCGACGAGGAAGAAAGAGAAAAAGUGGAGGGAAAAUUGAAGAGAGUAAUACCGGUGUAGUCAGAAAAAGAGAGAAAGAAAGAAGUCUCCCCCGCUUGACUCUUUAUUUUCGAUUUCCGAAGUAAUCGUGACUGGUUCAUUUGAACAAAAGGAAAUUUUGAUUUUCAUCUCGCGAGACAAAAGAGAAUUUAAUUGCAGCAGGUUUAUUAUCUUUUUUAUAGCAGGUUUGAAUUGGAUAUUCUGCAAUAUUAUUCAAAUUUUCAAUCAAGUUUCUUAAAUUUUUUGUUCUUUUUUCAUAUUUCAUUAUUUUAUUUUAUAUUUCAUAUUUCGUUAUAUAUAUUUUUUAUUCUUAUUUUUAUUAUAAUUUACUUUCAAUCCAAUGAUUGUUUUAAAUGUUGUUUUCUUUUGUCCUUCUUUGGAGGCUUUAGGCGAUUUUUGGCGAUCAUUUGGCGCAUAUACGAAAUUUGCGAAAAUUGCGCUAUUGGUAGGGGCGGAGUUUAUUCUGAUUUACUUAUUAUAACUAAAACAAGUAGUGUGUAUGGUAAAAUGUAUGGUGUAUUUUCUUCUAUAUGCGCAGAUAUAUUUAUAGGCUCAAGUUUGGUUGUAACACCCGAGCCCAAAAACAAAUUCAUAUUAUACAUUUAACACGAAUAGAUACGUAAAAUAGAUACGUACACAUUGUCUACAUAUAUUCGUGUUAUGUUUGGCGUGUAUUUGUAACUUACCAGAAAAUUACAAGGGAUACCUCGCUUCGUUACUAGGUAUAAGCGUGACAUCAACCAGGUAGAUGGCAAAACGACACGCCUCUACCACAAAUUACCAAACACGCGUAAACGUUCUGGUACAGUUCGGUACACUUUGGCUGCUAUGCCCGGGCCACGCCAAAAAUCGCCUUUCUUUGCGUUUGCGCGCGCAAAUCGGUGGAAUGACAAAAGAAAGAAGCAAGACGCGACCAACCCUCGCCUACUGGAGUAUUAUAGGAAUCAUUAAUAUAUUAUCAUUCAUUAUCGCAUGUAAUAGUAAUAGUGAUAAAUAAUAACAAUAAGAUUAAUGAUAAUGAUAAUAUCGGCACACAGUAAUAACUAGUGAUGUAAUCUAAUUUAAUGUAUUAAUUUAUUAAUUAAGUUUUGACAACGUGGUACUGUAUCGCUAUUCUACGUUUUUGCUAGUUUCUACGUGGCGGCUCGAGGUCGAACUUUCGAUUGAAGUUUUGUCAGACUUCCCGUGCUCUAUACGCUCGAUCCGAUCGCGCCGUAUGUAUGUGUCAGGCGUUCGGAAACGCGAGAGAAGGGAACUCCCCACGACAUGCGCUGCUGUGCGUCGACUUCGUUCGUGUAUUGUUCGUACAACGGCCUCGCCGCAAUUAUCUCAAUAACAACGAGAAAGAAAGAAAAGUAUCAAUCGAGUGUCUCCUUUUUUUCUUCUUUUUUUAACCAUCGUAUAGUUUUCGGAUAAUUCUGUGGAUAUUCCUGGGGACACGCCGGUCUCAUGGAGUGAGAAUCCAUUCCGAAUCCACCUGUCUCUUAGGGAAUUCCACAGACAGUUCCAUGGGCAUUUGUGUGCCGAGGAAAAUCACGCGAGACGGACGCACGGGAAGGUCGCGAUACGUUUCACAUCGAAUUCGGACUGAUCCUGAUCGAUUCCAAAUAUCUGUCUGUCUGUUGUCAACUAAAUUCGCCAUUGUUACUUCUUCUUCUACUUUUUCUUCUUCUUCUUCUUCUUCUUCUUCUUCUUCUGCACGCAAUGGAAAUGCGUACAAGUAUGGCAGCGGGACUAUUUCAACCGCAACACUCGUUUCUUUCGCUUCGCAUCCACUGAUUUUCCAUUUUCUAGAUAAGGCAGCUUUCAGACGGGCAAUGAGAGUACAAUUAUAGGAUAAACAUCGGCCCGAUGGCUUUUUUUACAUAGACAGCAAAAGUUAAUUGCCUCCUCCUCCUCGUGUAUUCCGCUAUAAAAUGACAAUACAAUAAGCGAACGCGAUACGCUUCGUGUCGGGAUUUCGACAGGAAAAUCAGGGCGCGCCUCGCUCUCGUAUAAUCCUCGGAUCCAGCGGGUGUCGCGAAUUAUAUCCUUAUGGGUGUUUUUUCCUCGCGACGAAGGACCAAGUCAAAUUACGACUCUCGCGAAUCGACCUCACCUUCCUUAUCGCUCCUCGAGCGCGACGGGGAUAAGUGUAAGCAUGUGAGUGUAAGCGCUUUCGCGACACCCGAUGCAUUCUGCAACGCAAAGGGAAAUCAAAAUUCCAUAUCGACUUCCGGGAAUACACCAAUCGUUUGCCACAUAACGUACCCUAAGCGCCGUUACAUAACGAUGUUGACGACUACUUCCAGCUACUUGUCUGUAGAUACACCGAAGAAGAUCGUUGUCCUUGCUGAAAACUUUUUUAUAACGCGGAAACUCGGAAUUACAGUUCGACGAUGCCAAAAUAGUAUUAAAUAAUUAGGAGCAAUGUUUGUAAUAUAUAAUAGUGUGACGUACAGCAAAAAAAAAACGAAGGAACAAAGCGGGGUAAGAGGACUAGAUGUGAAUCGAGCGAUAAGUUUCGUAUUGUUUGUCCUGCGAUCCUCAUUUUCGCGAUUCGCAGCGAUCGUCAGAUGAGAUUUUUGGUCGAUGUCGAUAUUAAUCAAGACUUCAGAGAUUUAAAAAAAAGAUCAUAAGUUUCACGCUCGUAAAGAUUAAUGGCAUAACGCCAUUAUUGCGCAAUGAAUAUAAAGUAGCGAUAAAUUUUAAGUCGUACGAAAACGUCCUCAAGAUUCCUCGCGAUUGUCAAAACAUCGCAAAGAUAUUUCAUCAUUGUGCAUUCACGUCUCUUUUUGGAAGAAACGACAGAGUUUGUCUCUUUACGCUGAUCCAGAGCUAGUUCACUUACUCUGCAGAAUCUCAAGUAUAGAGUGACAGGCAACGAGUAGUUCGAUGGUUGCGUGAAUUUCUGUACGAGGAGAAAAGAAAUUUCUGAUAUCUGAUUACAAUACAGAGAGAUUAAUUAGCAAAAAAGGGGAGAGGUUACAAUUGAAGAUAGAGAGCGACGGCGAAUUAAAAAAGAAAUAAACGUUGAAGAGUGUAUUUUUUCUUCCAAUGCCAAAAAGAUGCCAUUUUGUUUUGUACGAAAAAAACAGCGAGAAAAUCCAUAAAAAAAGAGAGAAAGGGAGAGAGAGAGAGAGAGAGAGAGAGAGAGAGAGAUAUGACGAAGAGGCGGAUGAAGGAGAACGUGCGUAAUAAAGGAAAGUGCGAGAACAAAUUUUUUAAAUAGUUUAUAGCAAGCGUAUGAAUGUGUAUAACGAUAACGAAAAAGCAACAAAGCAAAAGAAAAAAAAAGAGGAAGCAGAUCGAGUCGAUGUAUAUGUCCCGCGAAAUCGAGCACACACAUUAAUUUAC